AAAUCAUUUGCAUGUCUUAUUUUUUUUCAUAAUAUUCCAAAAGUUUUUCUUAUCAAAAUGGCACCACCUGGAGAGACCGUUGGAAACCUUAACAAACCAUCUCCACUCUCCAACGAGAGUCUAAAAAGGACAAUGUCCGAAAUCUCGUACGAGUGGAUGAACGAUGAUGACACGAUUAUCGAUGCAAACAUACCUCCAAUAUCCGAAGUAGAAAGCGCGAAAUGCGAGUGUUGUGGCAUGAGCGAUGAGUACACCCCUGAAUACGUCGAUCAAGUUCGAAAAAAGUACUCAGGUAAGUGGAUAUGUGGGCUUUGUGGUGAUGCAGUAAAAGAAGAAGCCCAAAAGAAUGGAGGCAAAAAUGAAGAAGCAUUAGCUACUCAUAUGAGUGCUUGUAACAAGUUUAACAAUUUUGGUAGGGCUUAUCCAGUUCUUUCACAAGCUGAAGCCAUGAGAAAAAUGUUGAAGAAAAAUACAGGAGGAAUUAUGAGGGCAAAAUCUAUUAGUCCAAAGGACAGAAUUAUGCCAAAGAAGGGUGGAAUUGCAAGAACAAAUAGUUGUAUUCCUGCCAUUACUAAAGAUAUGAAUGACCUUCAUAUAGCAACCUGAUCGAUACGCUUCCUUGAGUUGUACCUUCUGCAAUAACGUAUGCACUAUCCUAAACUUUGGUGUAAAUCCUUUUACCUUGUGAGGAUAUUUAGUAUUUACUAUUUUUAGGUUUAGGUUUGUCUAAGUUUUAAAAGUCGUGUUUGCGGUUCAUGUCAGUAUAUCAAAUAUAUGUUAACCUUGCCUU